CGGCCUUGGUUAUCUGUCGACGGGCUGCCAUCUUCUCUUCUUUGCGACAUUCCGACAACAUCACCGGUUUCAAGUCGACAAAGCAGCCAAGAUGCCUCGCGGACCUAAGAAGCACCAGAAGCGCCUUAGCGCGCCCUCGCACUGGCUCCUGGACAAAAUGUCCGGAACCUAUGCCCCCAAGGCCUCUCCCGGUCCUCACAAGCUCCGUGACUGCCUGCCCCUGAUCGUCUUCAUCCGCAACCGUCUCAAGUACGCCCUUAACGGCCGUGAGACCAAGGCGAUCAUGAUGCAGCGUCUGAUCCAGGUCGACGGCAAGGUCCGCACUGACCCUACCUAUCCCGCCGGUUUCAUGGAUGUUAUCGGUAUCGAGAAGACCGGCGAGAACUUCCGUCUCAUCUACGACACCAAGGGCCGCUUCACCGUGCACCGCAUCCAGGCCGAGGAGGCUGAGUUCAAGCUCUGCAAGGUCAAGCGUGUGCAGCUCGGCAAGGGCGGGAUCCCAUUCUUGGUUACGCACGAUGCGCGAACCAUCCGUUACCCCGACCCUGCCAUCAAGGUCAACGACACCGUCAAGGUUGACAUUGCCACCGGCAAGAUCGUUGACUUCGUCCGCUUCGACACUGGUGUUGUCACCAUGGUCACCGGUGGUCGUAACAUGGGUCGUGUUGGUGUCGUCACUCACCGUGAGCGCCACGACGGAGGUUUCAACAUCGUCCACGUCAAGGACGCUAUUGACAACACCUUCGCCACCCGUGAGUCCAACAUCUUCGUCAUUGGACAGGAGAAGCCCUGGAUCUCCCUGCCCAAGGGCAAGGGUGUCAAGCUCACCAUUGCCGAGGAGCGUGACCGCCGCCGUGCCUAUGCUUCCCAGAACUAAGUUCUUGGGAUGGUAAGGGAUGUUGGCUGUUGGCAGUAAAAUAAAAAGCUCUAAAACUCCGCUGGAGAGGACGUCUUGUCUUGCUUUGUGGGCCUGUAUGACUCCGGUUAAUAACGAUUCUUAUGAUGCGUUACCUAGCAGAAAAAAAAGCUUUUGUCUACAGGACGCAUGUUUAAAGGGUCUGCUCAUGUCAAGUUUCUUUCUGUUCCGUAGCUAUCGCAGUAUAGGAAGCAAAGCCGAGGCAAAAUGUCUCCCCAAAAAUUUUUGUGAUACCUCUAAUGACGUUUUGCAAGCGAUUCGAAUUUUUUUCAAUUACUCUCCCCGCGAUCAUUUCUUGACACAUCACCUUUUCCCCUCACUUUCCGGCGUAGUUCCUCUCCACACCUCCACGUAAAAAAACUCGACUCCUUUCACGUCAAUGAAGACCGCCAACCGUACGGAAUGCCGCCUUCCCGCCUCGACCGCCGCAAGCAGCCAAUAAAUCCCUUCCAUCGAUCCAUCGGACAUCGACAUAAGUGUCAACACUCAACCAGGUCAACGAACGAGCAACCCGAGGAACCUCUACGGCGUCGGAGUCGGAGCCAGUAAGUUAUUUACUAUAGUAACAUUAACCCGUUAGAAAAUGGUGGGUGUGGAAGGUUCCUGGGUUUCCCGCUUCCCGUCCCUCCUUUCCCCAGGGAUCGAACGCAUCGCAACUCUACGUCUCACAUUUGCCCCCCAUCCCCUCCCCCCCACCGAGAUUGAUAUAUCUCGAU